UAUGUAUCAUGCAUGCAGGUUCAUAACUACCUGAUAGAUUUCUAGUUGGGACUCUGGAGUAAUUGCUCUAGUUUCUAUCUGACAAAACAGGUUUUUAGAUAUAGUCUUAAACAAUCUCCUUGUUACUGGUGGUCCUAAUGAGUUCUCAACUCCAGCGUCCUUCCAGAAGUUUCUGUUAGGCAACCUUAGCAAUUUGUUUGGAUCUGCUUUCAUGGGAAACAUUGUUAACACUUUAAAGAGGUUCUCAAGCAAUGAUGCUACUGCUAUUCCUGCCCAAGGGUGUUCUGACUUGUCAAUUGGGACAUCAACAUCAAGAUUAGACAAAUGUACUUACAUUGGUAACGGUAUUUCAGCGACAGGGGAAACUGCAACUGCUUCAAAGAGAUGCAGUAUUAAUGGACAAAAGGAUUUCUGUGAGGAGGUUGCUAAUGAGGGAAUGCACAUGACUGCAGGCAGCACUUUAACAAAUAGAUGUCUUGGUGCACUCGAUUUGCUUAGUCUACCUAUGGUUCAUACAAGACCAUCUGGGAGUGAAGAGGGCAAUAAAGACAGAGAAACUUCAAAUGGAACUGUCCAAACAGAUGCGAGAGAACUUGGGUCUGUGGAUCAUUAUGAAAAAUCUGGUUUGAUUUACAGUCAGAUUGCUGGCCAUAUGUUUCACAGCUUGGAAGAUGAAAGUACUGAAACUCCCCGAAGCUUAGUGCUUGAUAUUUCUAAAGAUUCUUUAUGUAAAGUAUCUGCUGAAGGGAAUUCUUUUAGAAACCCUAAUCUAGCAGAUGAUGUGGAAAAUAGUCCAGCCACAGAUGCACAUAGGGGCAAAGAGUUGAUACUUCACAGGGUUUCUCCUACGGAUGGUUUGUUUGAUCGCAAUGCUUGCGAAGAAUUAGCUGAUGGUGCUCUUAAUUCAUGUUGUGAAUGCAGUGCUGAGGUUUCAUUGGAUGGGCAAAGACAUGAACAAAGAACGCAGCACAAAUCACUAAAUUAUGAUGCGGUACCAAUUGAAGUAAUAACAGCGUCUGCUAAUUUAGAUGUCAGUAACCCUAAGUCUUCAUUGAAGGGACGAGCAAAGCAGAAAAGAACUCCUUCAUUGAAGGGACGAGCAAAACGGAAAAGAACUACUGAAGCAUCAAGCCAGAUGUUGGUACCAAACGAAAAUACUGGAAUUUCAAUUCCUUCGGAUCUGAUUUGUCUGGAAAUUGAAAAACAGCCUACAAGCCCAAUGGUGAAGCGAAGUUCUGGAGAUAAAGUUUUGCAGGGUACUCCUAGAUCAAGAAUGACUAAAACUCCAGUUUCAUAUGUGCAUCAAUCUCCACUUACUGGCAGUAAGUCAAAGGCACCAUCUAUUUCCACUCCUGAAUCUGUCAACGUGAAACGAUCCAGAUCAGGUCGGCUGAUAGUUCCACGACUGGAUCCAGGAUCCCAAAACAUUAUAUAUGACCCGGAUGGCCGUAUUUGUGGGAUAACCAACUUCGAAGCACAAUUUCCUAAAGGGAUUAGUUCGGAGCCUCCUUCAAAGAGGAGGUCUCGGCGUUUUUCAGCAGAUCACAAGAGAUUGCUCACAUUCUAAUGAGGUUCUGAUGAAAUGCUGCUGCUAGCAUGCUGCAUUCUACAUGCACCGUUGUAACUAUCGAAGCACCCCUACUGCAGGUGUGUUUGUAUGCAUGACAUGCUGACUGGCUUACUCGCUGGUGUCACUGCUCCUGUAACUGUAAGGCGUUAAAUGCCCACGGAUAUGAAUAUUUGUAGGGUUGCUGGUAUGCACUAACAUGUUUUCAAUUUCGAUUGCUUCUGAAGAAACUCAUCUUGAACUUAAAUAGUUCUUGUGAGAAAACCGGAUUUCUCACUUCUAGUGUGUUACAAGGGGAAGGUGGUAUUUCAAUCAGCGUGCAAAGGCUGGAAAAUGGUGCUAUGCUUAUCUGAA